AUGAGAAGAUGUCCCCCUGAUAUGUUUAGUGAUUGGGUUAAGCUCCAAAACUUCUAUGAAGGCUUAAGCUUCGAAGCAAGGAAUGGACUAGAUUACUCAUCAGGAGGAUCCCUCAACAUGAUGAAAACUGCCGAGGAGGCUCAAGACCUCAUUGAGAUUGUGGCAAACAAUCAAUACUAUUACUCAUCAGAGAGGCAACAUAACCCAGCCCCAAAGAAAGGCGUGAUGGAGCUUGAAGCAGUGAACGCAACAACUCAACCAUUGCUUGAAUGGAACCAAGGUGAAGGGACCAAUGUUGAACAACCACAAGAACAAGUUCAAUACAUGCAGAACACUUCAAAUUCUCAGGAUGAAUUUCAUGGUGAUACAUACAACCCAUCUUGGAAAAAUCAUCCCAAUCUAAAGUGGGGUGAAAAUCAUUGGCAAAAGAACAACAACCACAACCACACCCGUAACACAAAUAACCAAAAUCACCAUGCCAACAACACUAACCAAUUUAGAAAAACACAAAACACAUAUCAACCACCUCAUAUUAAUUCACAAACUCACCCAAAUAACCUUCUUGCACCAACAUCCAACUCACAGAAUUACUCACAAAAUUACUACACUAAUCCACCCAACAACUUCCAACAACAAUCAACCCCCAUCAUACCCCCAAUUGACCAUCAUGAAACUAGAAUUUCAAGUCUUGAAGCAACCUUGCAAGCACUUGCUCAAACCACUCAAGCCUUAGCUAAGGGACACAAGGAACAUGAGGUCAUCAUGAAGAAUAUUGAGAGACAAGUGGGACAAUUAGCCAAACAAGCCGAGCGACCAACCAAUGUUCUCCCAAGUGACACAAUACCCAAUCCAAGAGAAGAAUGUAAGGCUCUGCAGUUAAGGAGUGGCAAGGUAGUUGGUGAAAGUUUGAAUAAAGAAGCAAUAAAACCCAAAGAGCAAGACACAGUGGAAAUACAUGUGGAAAGGCAAGAUGAAGAAAAGGCUUCAACAUCUAACAAAAGCAAAGAAGCUGUCAAGCCACAAGGCAACCCACCUAGACAAAGAAGCAACCAUGAUAGCAAUGAGAGUGUGAAUCCACAACAAGAAAACAAAAAUGAAGGAGUAAAAGCCUAUGUACCCAAGCUUCCAUACCCAACUAGGAUACACAAAGGAGCAAAGGACCAACAAUUCCCAAGAUUCUUGGAAAUCUUCAAGAAACUUGAAAUCAACAUCCCAUUGGCAGAAGCUCUAGAACAGAUGCCAUUAUAUGCAAAAUUGAAAAUCUUCCCUGGGAAGCUGAGGUCUAGAUGGACUGGUCCAUACACCAUCACCAAAGUAUCACCUCAUGGCUAUGUUGAGUUACUUGAUGAAGCCUCAAAGCAAACCUUCACAGCUAAUGGACAUAGGGUGAAGCACUAUUUUGGUGGCCCUUAG